UUGGUGGGGAAGGCGGGCAGGAGAGCAAGAGCCAAUCAGUGCUGAAGAGGCGGGCUGUAUGAACUGUCCAAUCAGGCAGGCCAAGGUACGCGGUCUCUUCCGGUGUCAUGGCAUCUGUUGCUUGUCCUGAGCAAAACGCGGAGAGCUAGAUUCUUGCUAGACUGCGUUUCGUGGCUUUAAUUUGCUGUGUACUGCUUAGAAAGAACCUGGGAGACCUCCGAGCUCUGCAAUGGAGGUGGUGACCUUUGAAGAUGUGGCUGUGAACUUCAGCAAUGAGGAGUGGACUUUGCUGAGUCCAUCCCAAAAGAAGCUCUACAGAGAUGUGAUGGGUGAAACGUUUAGGAACAUGGCGGCUAUAGGAGGACUUGGGGAUGUCCAGGAAGCUGAAAAUGAAUGCAAAAUUUACUGGAGAUACUUAAGAAAUGACAAGCUAGGGAAAUCUUAUGGACAUACAUCUUGGAAUCACUGUAAAGAAGAAUUCUGUUUUAUUGCAGAAGGUAAUGUGGGUGUGAAAGAAACAGAAACACACCACAAUGUUCAGAUCCAUGAAAAAUAUUGCAAUGGUGGGAAACCCAAUUUAUGUAAGCAGUGUGGGAAAGGUUUUACCACACAUGGAAUAUGUAAGAAACAUGAAAGAAUUCACAGAGUAGAGAGACCUUACAUAUGUAACCAACAUGGGAAAGCUUUUACAACAUGUACAUAUUGUCAAGAACAUGAAAAUUUUCACUCUGGAGAAAAACAUAAUAAAAGUAAGCACUGUGAGAAAGCUUUCAGCACACAUACUUAUUGUGUAAUUCAUGAAAAACUUCAAACUGGGCAGAAAUCAUAUAUAUAUAGCAAACAUGGGAAUGCUUUCAGCAAUAACAUUAAUUGUCAAAUACAUGGAAAUAUUCACGCUGGAAUGAAAGCCUAUGUAUGUAAGCAAUGUGGAAAAGGUUUCACCCAACGAGGAAAUUGUGAGAAACAUGAAAGAAUUCACACUGGAGGGAAACCCUAUGUAUGUAAGGAAUGUGGGAAAGGUUUUACCACACAUGGAAGUUGUAAGAAACAUGAAAGAAUUCACACUGGAGAGAAACCCUAUGUAUGUAAGCAAUGUGGGAAAGCUUUUACAACACAUGGAGACUGUAAGAACCAUGAAAGAAUUCACAGUGGAGAGAAACCCUAUGUAUGUAAGCAAUGUGGGAAAGCUUUUACCACACAUGGACAGUGUAAGAAACAUGAAAGAAUUCACAGUGGAGAGAAACCCUAUGUAUGUAAACAAUGUGGGAAAGCUUUUACCACACAUGGAAGUUGUAAGAAACAUGAAAGAAUUCACACUGGAGAGAAACCCUAUGUAUGUAAGCUAUGUGGGAAAGCUUUUACCACAUGUGAAUCUUGUAAGGAUCAUGAAAGAAUUCACACUGGAGAGAAACCCUAUGUAUGUAAGCAAUGUGGGAAAGCUUUUACAACACAUGGAUAUUGUAAGAAGCAUGAAAGAAUUCACACUGGAGAGAAACCCUAUGUAUGUAAGCAAUGUGGGAAAGUUUUUACCAGACAUGAAGAAUGUAAGGUACAUGAAAGAAUUCACACUGGAGAGAAACCCUAUAUAUGUAAGCAAUGUGGGAAAGCUUUUACUACACCUGGAGGUUGUAAGAACCAUGAAAGAAUUCACAGUGGAGAGAAGCCCUAUGUAUGUAGGCAUUGUGGGAAACCUUUUACUACACAUGGAGGUUGUAAGAAACAUGAAAGAAUUCACACUGGAGAGAAACCCUAUGUAUGUAGGCAUUGUGGGAAAGCUUUUGCAACACAUGGAGAUUGUAAGAAUCAUGAAAGAAUUCACACUGGAGAGAAACCCUAUGUAUGUAAGCAAUGUGGAAAAGGUUUCACUGAACCUGGAAAUUGUAAGAAACAUGAAAGAAUUCACACUGGAGAGAAACUCUAUGUAUUUAAGGAAUGCAAGAAAGCUUUUACCAUAUCUUGAAAGUGUAAGCAACAUUAAAGAAUUCACACUGGAGAGAAACUCUAUGUAUGUAAGCAAUGUGGGAAAGCUUUUAUCACACAUGGAGAUUGUAAGGAAUGUGAAAAAAUUCACACUGGAGAGAAACCCUAUGUAUGUAAGCAAUGUGGGAAAGGUUUUACAACACAUGGAUAUUGUAAGCAACAUGAAAUAAGUCACACAGGAGAGAAACCCUAUGUAUGUUAGCAAUGUGGAAAAGGCUUCACCCAAUCUGGACAUUGUAAAUAAUAUGAAGAAAUUCACACAGGAGACAAACCCUAUGUAUGUAAGCAAUUUGGAAAAGAUUUCACCCAACCUGGAAAUUGUAAGCCACAUGAAAGAAUUCACACUGAAGAGAAAACCUAUAUGUAAGGAAUAUGGGAAAGCUUUUACCACAUGUAGACAGUGUAAGCAACAUGAAAUAAGUCACAUACGAGAGAGAUCCUGUGUAUGUCAACAGUGUUGAAAAGGUUUCACCCUAUCUGGAAAUCGUAAGUAACAUGAAAGAAUUCACACUAAAAAACCCUAAGUAUGUAAACAAUGUGGGAGAGCUUUUACCACAUGUGCACAAUGUCAGAGACAUGAAAGUAUUCACACUGGAUAGAAACCCCUUGUAUGGAAGCAAUGUGAGAAAGCUUUUACCAACGUGAACAUUGUAAGCAGCAUGAAAGAAUUCACACUGGAGAGAAACUAUGUAUAUAAACAAUGUGGGCCAACUUUUACCACAUGUGGACAAUGUAAGAGACAUGAAAGAAUUCACACUUGAUAGAAACCUUAGGUAUGUAAGCAAGUGCAAAAGCUUUUACCACACAUUGGCAGUGUAAGAAACAUGAAAUAAUUCACAAUGGAGAGAAACCCUCUGUAUGUAAGCAAUGUGGGGAAGUUUUUACCCAACAGGACAUUGUAAGCAACAUGAAAGUUCACACUGAAGAUAAACCCAGCGUAUACAAACAUUCUGAAAAUGGUUUCAGCACUCUAACAUAUUGCAUAAUGCAUGAAAAACUUCAAACGGGUCAGAACACUUAGAUAUGUAAGGAACGUGGGAAAGGUUUCACCAGAAACAUUCAUUGUCCAAUACAUGAAAAAAUUCACAUGGUUGAGAAACUCUAUGCAUGUAAGGAAUGUGGAAGAGCUUUCACCACACAUGGAUAUUGUAGAAUACAUCAAUGACUUCACAUUGGUGAGAAAUCCUGUUAUGUAAAUAAUCUGGCAUAGCUCUUACCACAUAUAGUCAUCGCAAAACACAUCAAAGAAUUCAUACUGGGAAGAACCACUGGCUAUGUAAGCAAGUGGAGACACUUUCAGCAGCCUGAGUGAAAGUGAAAUACAUGAAGAAACACACUGCAGAUAAAUCCAAUGUUUUAUGGGAAUACUGUCAGCACACUGGAUGAUUGUUACAUAUCUAAAAGAGCUCACUGGGCAGAAAUCCUAUGUGGAUUAACAAUGCUAGCAAUACAGUAGUCCAUAGUUGGUUUUUUGUUUGUGUUUUUUUUUUUUUUUUCCUUUUUCAUUUUUAUUAGUACUGGGGAUCGAACUCGCGACUGUUUUUGCAAGGCAGGUGCUUAUGCCGCUGAGCUAAAUCCCCAGCCCCCCAUAGUUGUUUUUAAAUACAUAGAAAAGGCAUCACUCAUCAGACUCUUUAGAUCUAUGUUUACUUUAAAAAUCCCAAGGAGACCUGAAGAAAUAAUCAAUAGAGAAUUUUGAUGUCAAUAUUCCUUCACAAAUUAUCUAGAAAUGACAAAUAUGAUGUGGAGCUCUCAAGUACACAUGUUGUACAGUUUUCAGUUAAUCACUUGUACCUCUCUAGAUUUUGUAGUGUCUUUGUGCUUCAACAUGGCAUCUUGUAAUUAAAUAUGGUGAACUGAAAUGUGCUUUUCACUUUCAAGCAUGGAUAGUGUCUAUGUACUUAAUGCUUGUCUUUAAAACUUAAUUUUUAUUUUUUUGGUGAAUUGUAAUGUUUUUUAUUUAAAGCAAAAAAUGGAAAAAUGGGUAGAAAUAAUACAGAAUUUCAGAAAAAUAAAUAGUAAGAAGUCACUAGAUGAUAAGUUACAUAUUGUCAUCUUAGAAAUAGUUGUUCAAGUUACAAAAUUAAAGCAUACCAAGUGACAUUCAAAUAGUGACACUAUGUACAUUUCACCUCAAUGGUCCAACAAAAACUUAGUAAUAUGCUUAUCUGUCCUACACAUUUGUUUUUUUUAAUCUUAAAGAGGUAAGAUUAAACAUGACAAAACAGAACAGAACAGUUCAUAAUAAAACAAGUUAAGGAAACACAGAUUUCAAAGCAAGGCCACUGGAGAUGUUCACUGUCUAUCCUUCCAAAUAGUUGUUCUGAGCAUCACACACCUUGAAUAUAUACUGAACAUUAUAGAACUAAUCAAGUAAAUACUGGAUGAUGAAGGCUUUUUCGGUCUUCAAGACCUGAUAUUGGGGAAAUCAACAAUGACUACCAUACUGUUUUUCAUUCACUUUGUAGUAGCUGUCUUUAUCUCUAUGUAUGCUGAAACUGAACAUAAGAGACUACACUAAUAUCACUAUGAACAGUGAAUAAUAGUUUCCUGAGAAGGAGAAAGGUGAGGAAUUGCCUAAAAAAAGAAGGCAGGGUACAUUGUUAAAAGUGUAGAUUUAAAUGCUACAGUAGUCUUACUGCUCUGUUUAGUUUGAUUAUAUUUUGUUUUGGUCUGUCUACUCAUAUUAGAUUUGAGAGCACAGACAGAUAACCCCAAAAUAGCAGGUUAUACCAUGGUAACUAUCCUUAAUUUCCUAUUAACUUAAACUGAAAGCCUGUAUUACUUAAAUUGUCUUACUAUGACUGAUCUUAUUUCAAGCUGGUUUGUCUGAAUGCUAUUUUGCCUUGACUGAUUUUAUUCACAUUUGAUAUAUCAAGUUUAAGUGUAGAGGCAACUACUCUGAUGUAACAAUGUAAAGAUAUCCAUUCCAGUUUUGAUUAUUAACUGCUUUCAAGUCCUACAAUGUCUUCAAAGUUGUGUUUUUAUAAAAAUAGCAAUGCAAUGCUAUGCUUAAUAAUAUAAGGCCUGAUGAUGUGGACAAUUCUUUUGAAAAUAAGAAAAAACAUAGUAACUACUGUACAUCACCUUAUAUUGUCAUCUUAUAUGUCUUUUUCAUAUCAUGUUUUUCUAGGAAUUUGUUUUGUUGUCUUGUGUUGAUCUGUUUUUGCCCAUAAUACAGAAAAAAAUAGAUAUACAUGUCAAAAUUCAUGCAUGGGAAAAAGUUCUAAACUAUUUAUGGAACAAAUUAUAUAAUACAUGAUGUAAUGAACAGAUACUCUGAAGAAGAGACACUAAGAAACCCAAUGCUAAUUCUGUAGCAUUAUGAUAUAAAAUCGAGCAAUACCAAUAUUCACUGUUCAGAGUGAUAAUAGUCUAUUCUCUUAUUUUUUUGGUGAGUUGUAAUUUAAACACUGCAUUUCCUUUAAUCUUUUGAUGCACAUGCUUCAUUUUCUCUUUCAUAAAUGGUGUUUCUGAAGUUGAUGAAAUAUUUGGCAUUAUAAUAUACAUUUUAGAGCCUUAGAGCAUGUCUUUUUGACAAAGCUGUGUUCUUUUCACAUAACUUGUACAUUAAUGAAUGUUAUGUUUUUCAUGUUGUGAUGACAUACCUGCAGAUUUCCUAACAUCACUAGAUAUCAUACCAUGUACAUUACAUUACCUGAUUUUCUUUCUCACUGGAGCCAAUAUUUGUCUUUUAAGUAAGCCUUUGUUUUCCUAAGGAUCAGAAUUUUACCUGUUAUGUUUAUAUUACAUCUUUAUUUUGCUAUUAAGUUUUCCCCACAUGUAUCAAAAGUAAACCAUACCACUGUGAAUUUCUGAUUGCCCCAGACUGACAGAACCAUAACUUGUCUCCAAAAGCAAAUCACAAAAUAUAUUAAUAUUUGAAGAAAUUAUAAAAUGUGGUAGGAUUUAUGAGGAACCAUACUUUGAAAGGAAUUUUUCUUGUGGAGUUGUUUUGGGAAAAUGGUUGUUACUUAAUGUAUGAUGGAAAUACCUUUAUUUUAUUACUUGUUGCUGUGAACACAUUAUAUAUUUUGUAAUUAUUACUGCUUUCCCCUAAAACACUGUUACUCACCUGUUGUGUAAUCACCACUAAAACUAUAUCUAUUUUGUACCUGAAUUACCUGAUAUACUUCACAAAGUAAAAAGCACUGUAAAGUACAUUGUUCGCCUCUGUGCACUACAGCAUGUGGCCAGAUUCCCUGCAGCACAUUUCUGCUUAUCAUCAACAAGAAAAUUUGGAGUUUGUAUUUCUAUUCCAGCUAAUAAUAGAAUGCUGAAUCUAUAAGACAUAUAUCCUGAGUACAUGCACUUUUUCAUUUUACAAUGAAAAUAAAUCUUGGUGGUACUGUUGAUGCCUGCUUGUAAUCCUAGCACCUCAGAGGGCUUAAAUUAGUGGAAGAGAAUGUUGAGUCCAGCCUACACAACUUAGUGUGACCCUGUCUCAAAACAUAUCUUCAAGUUCUCCAGAUAUAGUUUAAUGCUUCAGUAUUCCUUUCCUCCCAGGUGUAACAUUUUUAAUACUCACAAUUACACAUCAGUAGUUGUCUUUUAUCACUUGGCCACCUAGCAGUGAUCCCCGAGCAUCACUUGGGAAGCAGAUUUAUUUAUGCAGUGACCAUCCUGAGCAUCACUGGGACAGUUGUCAAUUUAACCCAUUCAUUCUUGUAUUGAAUACAGUAGAAUUGUAAUUUUUAUAUUCUUUGUUGUUUUAUAAAAACUAACAAAAUGUGGAGCUCAGGAUUUAGCUCAGUGCUAUAAGCACCUGCCUUGCAAGCAGGCAGUCAUGAGUUCAAUCCCCAGUACUAAUAAAAAAAAAACUAACAAAAAGUAUGCAAUUUUUGAUCAUCUUGUAUGUAAAUAGUUGCAUUGGUAAGGAGUUACCUACAAAGAUCAGGCUAAAUGUGAUUUCUUUAGUCCCAGCAUCAGGAGAGGAUGAGAUGGUAUGAUCAUGGCUUUGAAGCUGACUGUGGUAGGCAACUGCUAGAUGAUUUAGCAGAGUGUGUGGCAGAUGUUUUUAUACCUGCAUUUGAAGUUUGAGAAAUAAGUAAGUUGAGGUCAAGUAUAUGAGUGUAGAAUAGGAUAAAAAAUUUAUUAGUGCAAAUCAUGAUUUUUUUCCUCAGGAAAUGUACUUAUCAUGGUAAUUUGUGCAUGAGUCUCAAAUAUGCUUGUAUUAGAGUAAAGCAUAGUGAGAGAUGAAUGAGCCAGGCAUUCCAUGUUCUAAAUGUAGAGGGAUUAAAACAAACUUUUUCUUAA